AUGACCGACGCAAUAAGCACAGAUCAACCAAGAGAUCAUCUAUCUCAACCGAGGAAGAGGCGUCCCAGUAAGCCGCCUCCGGAUUGGGUACCACCUCCAGAGCCUCUACCUGAGCAUCUCAAGUACUCGCCAUACUUUUAUGCGUUGAAGGAUGCUGGUUUGCCGAUCGAGCGACCAUUGAAGUCGGAUACGUUCGCGCCGCUGUAUUUUGACCUCCCGAUUGAUAUCUGGCAUAUUCUCGAGGUGGAAGAUUACACCCUCUCCUUCUCCGAUCUUGCCCGCGAAAUCGAGUCGCGGUAUCCGUUGCUUGAGAAUGGGUUUGAAUUGUGUUGUCGUUUGGUGAGCGCUAUCGAGAAUCAAACUUCGAAUGUUGCGAAGAUGACGGCGACAUUUGUGUUGUGGUGGUAUUAUCGAAAUUGGCCGUUGGAGAUGAAUCCUUUCUUGGCGCACUUCAUGGGGGUUUGGAGAGCGUGGAUGCAUGAUGAGGAAUCCGUCAUGGAAGAGCAUGUCGCCAUCGUGGGGUUGGUCCUCGAAGGCCGCGCAUCGAUACUCAAGCGGCAUUCCCCAUUUCUGUUCUUGCAGUUCGAGCCGAUCGGAGAAGGCGCACCCAACCCCAUCUUUUCCGAGAUCUACCCGCCGCUUCCAAUGGUCCCAGACCACCUCAUUGAAGCCCUCGUCUUGCAAAACACCAUCGGAAACGAGAAAUGCACCGUCGAUCUCGGUCUCAAUUUCGAAUACGGCUCCGAAGGGGACUAUUACAUCACGAAGCAACGCCGAGAAUGGUUAGAAAAAUUGCAAAAGUGCUUGGACGAGGCGCUUGAGAGUGGGGAGUUCGAAGUCGAUGAUAGCGUUAAAAGGGAAGAUGGGGAUGAUGAUGAUGAGGAGUAUACUGACGAGGAGGGGGAUGGGAGGAAGAAGGACAAGAAGAAGAAGAGGAAGAAGAAGAGAGGUGGGAAGAAGAGGUGGGGAUAG